UUUCGCGAUGAUCUUAUUUGCUAUUUUCGUACACUUACACCGUCGCUCUGCCCACAUGUUGUCAAGUGCACAUCCGGGAAUCCACGAGCCAAACUUGCGGUGUACAUUUUCUAUUUUGCUACACUGUCUCUUUUUGCAGAUCUCUGUCAAGAUCGUCCGGCUCUCUUCUUUAAGUGCGUCGCGUCGGCAAGAACUCCGUGCAUUCCCCGCUCGUGGGUUUGCGACGGAUCGGAGGACUGUCGGGACGGCUCCGACGAGACGUUUUGUGCUCCGUGUGAUCCUAAAGAAUGGUUUCGAUGCCACAUCGGUCAUCCGUGCAUUGAACGGCAACGGUUGUGCGAUGGAACACACGACUGUAUAGACGGAUCUGAUGAGAAAGUGUCUCUAUGUGGAGCCUGUCCUAAUGGCAGUUUCCAUUGUAAUAGUUCGGACGAAUGUGUAAGCAACUCGUCUGUAUGUGACGGCGAUCGUGAUUGUUAUGACAACUCGGAUGAACAACCUCCUCAUUGCUUUCGUUCGACUGAAUCGCAUUGCAACUUGACACAGGAGUUUAACUGUCAGGUUUCUUCGUCGUUUGCUCAUUGUAUACCGAAGUCGUGGGUCUGUGAUGGUGAAAACGAUUGCGAUUCAGGGAUAGAUGAGGGUGCUGUUUGUAACUCAUCAGCUCCGACCGAAAUUCCUGUUCCACCAUCAACUCAAGCUCCAACAACUGCACAGCCUGUUGUUGUUCAAUGUGCUGAUGAUGAGUUUCAAUGCUACGAUGGCGUCAGAUGCCUACAAUGGUCUCAUCGAUGUGACUCCAUAGUAGAUUGUCAUGACAACUCGGAUGAAGUUGGCUGUGCAGAAUGUAACAGUCAACCUUGUCUAAAUGGUGGAACUUGCAAUGAAACGUCUGGCAGUUUCGAAUGCAUUUGUGCAGGAAACUUCACAGGAACUCGUUGUGAAUGUGAUCCAUAUGAGCAAUGCAACUCUGGUCUGCGACAGGGUAUCUGUAAUCCAUCUUUUGACGUUAGCGCACCACCACAUGUAGGUACCAAUCCUACCUGCCUUUGUGCAACUGGUUUCACUGGUUUGGCUUGUCGUGAAAACAUUAAUGACUGUGUACACAACGGUGGAAUUCAAUAUUGCACCAAUCUUCCACUGCAGCCUCCAUGCACAGAUAGAACAAACAAUUUCACUUGUGAUUAUUGUGCUAUUGAUGUGUGUAAGAACGAUGGCACAUGUGAGCUGAACGAGAGAGAUCGAACCUUCAACUGUAUGUGUCCAUUACACUUUGAUGGCGAAUUUUGUGAGAUUGUACUGUGUAGUCGCUCUCAGAACUGUAGCGGACAUGGCAGUUGCAACUCACAGUACAGCUACGCUGCACCUAACUCAGAGCCACUUUGUGUAUGUGACCUUCAUUAUGAAGGUACUUCUUGUGAGAAAGAGCUUUGUUCAUCAGAAAAGAAUUGCAGCAAUAAUGGCAUAUGCAACUCCAGAUAUGACUAUUCAAAUCCGGAUAAGUCUCCAUUGUGUGUAUGUAAUACUGAUUACACUGGUGUGCAGUGUGAAAGUGAAAUUUCACUACCAGAAACUUACUCUCCUGCAACUCCAACAACGCCUAGUGCCAUCGCCAGCACAAGUUCUGGAUAUAUAACUUCAUCAUCAUCAUCUUCUCCCUCAUUGCCUUCUUCACCCUCGGCAUCUUCAGUAACUUCUUUGUCCUCAGCAACUUCUUCAGCCUCAACACCUUCUUUUGCAUCUUCUUCAUUUACAACUGCCAAGACACAAUCGUCUUUGAUAACAGUAUCUGUAGCUACUGCAAAUGGUACACAAAGAGUACCAGUGAAAGAAGUUUCGAACGAUGACAUAACUACAGGCAUGAUCGCUGGCAUAACAGCUGGAUGUGUUGUUGCCUUUGUCACUAUCAUCAUAAUCAUUGUAGUUGUCAGAAGGAGUAACAUGUUCAAGGGCACACAUGUUGUCUGACUGUAAAUUAGUUAUAUGCCCUGAGCAAAAAUCUAGGAGACAAUGGAUUACCAUUAAAAUUAGCCUGCUGAUAUUCUAACUGGCUAAGAUCAAAUUUUCACAAUAUGUUUGCAGUAAAUAACUUUCUUUUACCAUUAUGUACACUGAAAGCUGUGUGGAGUGUGAACAUUUAGAUCUGACAGUAUACAUUGUUGUGUCUUAGUCUGAUGAUAGAGACAGGCUUGUUUUGUGAAACUGUCGUAUGAAAAGAACACUGAAGAGAAA